AUGAAUGCUGUAUGGAUCACUCUAUUCCAAUCAAUCAUGAAGCUUACACUUGUAUUCUUGUUAAUUUUCUUUGUUACUGUCCAGUUAGUAUGGAGUGCUGCAGAAACUUCGCAAGCAGAGAACGAUCCAAUUGGUAGACUCACUAGGUUAAAUCGUGAAUUGCAUCGAUGCUCCUCCAGAACAUGUUGUGAUAGGAAAUAUAUGUGCUGCGAACGCAGAAAAUGGUGUUGUGAUCGUUCAGGAAAAAAAGUCGAAGGAGUGACGUUUUGUUAGAGGCUUAGAACAUCAGCAUAGUUUGCUAACAAUACGAUCGUCCAUUAUUAUAAAACAUACGUUUGCGCAUGCAUUAAUGAAUAAUCUGUAAUAUGUUAAUAAAAUCUAAUCUAGUAAAUAUUCAUUAUAAUAUCCUAUACUUAUAUGUAAUCUGAUUAGUUACAAAAAUAAUAAUGACAUUAUACAUUACCGUUCUCCUUCUCCACAAUUCAUCUGUAAUAUAAGAGAAAUGCAUUGUUGGUGAUUAUUAAAAUGUUCCAGCUUGAUUA